CGCUUGAUUAAAACCAGAUGUAGCUACUAGAGUGGAGGGGUGAGAAAGCUGAAGACACGAAGUUUUUUCUGGUAUUUCUGGUUGUGUAAAGUUCACACAGCUGAGGAUUUCUGGGUUAUUAUCGUCAGGUUUUUAGAAGAGAAGACGUUUGUUUGAGCAGGAAAGAUGAGUUACGACGGAGCGAAAGAAGGUUGAGCGUUUGAGAGAAGUCCAGGAAGCCCGAAAACUCAACGUCCGCAGAAAUUUAUGCUGGAGUCACAAGACAAGCUGUGGUAUAACAUCAGUCCUAACGGUAACCAGCGGGUUAGCUAGCUGUUUAAGAGUUAAUUAAACGCGUCCAACUAACCUCAGAAACUCCAGGAUAAAUCCAGACACACUUUAUAAUGUCAGUCUACUUUAAUCCAGGCUCAGACUCGGGAGUAAAUGGAAAUAUUGCAAAGAUGGAAGAUGCAAAGGUGCAGAUUGAUGAUGGAAAAGAGGAGAAUGUGUUGCCAGACACAAUGUACCACGACAUCAAAAAGCAGAUCACUCCAUUUGUUAUGUCCUUUGGCUUUCGUGUGUUUGGAGUGGUGCUGAUCAUCGUGGACUUUGUGCUCGUGAUUGUGGACUUCUCACUGCCAGCAAAGAGCAGAGAGGUUGGGAACGCUCUAGAAGGCGUGUCCCUCUUCAUCUCCUUUUUUUUCCUGGCUGAUGUUCUCCUUCGGGUCUAUGUGGAGACCUUCAAAGUGUACUUCAGCUCGAGGCUGAACAUCAUCGACGCCUGCGUUGUUGUCAUCACACUGGCGGUCACCAUGAUCUACACCUUCAGUGACCUGUCGGGUGCUAGUCUCAUUCCCAGGGUCGUAACAUUCCUGCGCUUCUUGAGAAUAAUCAUCUUCGUGAGGAUUUUCCGACUGGCAUCUCAGAAGAAAGAGCUGGAGAAAGUCACCAGGAGGAUGAUAUCUGAGAACAAGAGGCGCUAUCAAAAGGAUGGAUUUGACCUUGAUCUUACCUAUGUCACAGAUCGCAUCAUCGCCAUGUCUUUCCCCUCCUCUGGGAAACAGGCCUUCUAUAGGAACCCCAUCAGAGAGGUUGCAAGGUUUCUAGACACUAAACACGAAGACCACUACAGAGUUUACAACCUGUGUAGCGAAAAAGGCUACGACCCCAAGUUCUUCCACUACAGGGUGGAGCGGGUUUUCAUUGACGACCACAACGUGCCCGCUUUAGAGGACAUGCUGAAGUACACGGCUAACGCAAGGCAGUGGAUGGCAGCUGAUCCUAAAAACGUCAUUGCUAUUCACUGUAAAGGAGGAAAAGGGCGCACAGGGACAAUGAUUUGCACGUGGCUUAUUGACAGUGACCAGUUUGAAAGUGCGCAGGACAGUUUGGAGUACUUUGGUGAGAGGAGGACGGAUAAGAGUCAGAGCUCCAAGUUCCAGGGAGUGGAGACUCCCUCUCAGAGUCGGUACGUGGGGUACUACGAGAUCAUGAAGACGCAGUAUAACCGACAGCUGCCUCCACCGAAAAGCCUCAGGAUCAAAAGCAUCCGCAUUCACUCGAUAGCAGGUGUGGGGAAAGGCGAUGGCAGCGAUCUGACGGUGAAGAUAAUUGUGAAGAGGGAGCUGGUGUUUCAGUGUGUGUGUGCCAAACAGGAUAACUGCUCCGUAUUUCCUGACGUCGGUAACAACGCAGCUGUCAUCAGCCUGCACAGCGGACCUGUUGUUGAAGGAGACGUGAAGGUUAUGUUUGAAUCCAGCUCUGGUCUUCCUAAAGGAUAUGAAGAUGUUCCUUUCUACUUCUGGUUCAACACGUCCUUCAUAACGGAUAACAAGCUGUUUUUGCCCAGGGAGGAGCUGGACAACCCACACAAAUCCAAAACCUGGAACCUGUACAAGGAGGACUUUGGUGUUACCGUGUUCUUCUCUGGAUCUGAAUAAAAGAGGGCCGAAUAGACGAGUGGAGAGGAAAUGAGUCACUGAACACUAAUGAGUUUGUUACAAGAGCCAAGCACUUAAUGAUCCCUUUUGAAUCGAAUCACGUUUACUGAAGCGCUCCUUUGAGUCGUGGUGCUUAAAUGUAUAUAAAAUGUUAAAGAAACCAUCACUAUUAAAAAAUUUACUUAAAA